GAUUUUAAUUAAUUGUAUUUUGGAAGAGUAAAAUUAAUUAUGGCGUGGUUAAUGAUGAGACGACUGAUGAUUAUGGUUGUUUUUGCGUUGUUUUGUGUUGGAGGAUUAGUUGUCGGUGAAAAUUGUAGUUUAUGUAAUGAAACUAAUGGUUAUGAUUACAAAGAUGCAUUAAGCAAAGCCAUAUUGUUUUUUGAAGGGCAACGAUCUGGUAAGUUGCCUUCAAGCCAGAGAGUCAAGUGGAGAGGUGAUUCUGCUCUUAGUGAUGGAAAGCCUGAAAAUGUGAACUUGGUGGGAGGUUAUUAUGAUGCGGGGGAUAACGUAAAAUUUGGGUGGCCAAUGGCAUUUACAACAACCCUGUUGAGUUGGGCAGCAAUUGAGCAUAAAUCUGAAAUCUCUUCAGCCAAACAGCUUGGUUUCUUACAAAAAGCCAUUCGUUGGGGUUCUGAUUUCAUUUUAAAAUCACAUACCUCUUCUACCACCCUCUAUACCCAGGUAGGAGAUGGAAACCAAGAUCAUCAAUGUUGGGAACGCCCCGAAGACAUGGACACUUCAAGAGCACUCUAUAAAAUAACUCCAUCUUCUCCUGGAACGGAAGCCGCCGCGGAUGCUUCAGCUGCCUUAGCGGCUGCAUCAAUGGUGUUUAAAGGAGUUGAUUCCACCUAUUCUUCUAAGCUCCUUAAUCAUGCACAAUCUCUCUUUGACUUUGCUGACAAGUAUAGAGGAUCUUACUCAGCAUCUUGCCCCUUUUACUGCUCUUUUUCUGGUUAUCAGGAUGAGCUUCUAUGGGCUGCCGCUUGGCUAUAUAAAGCUACUGGGAAUGAUAAAUAUAUGAACUACGUUACUAGCAAUAAAGGAUGGAGUCAAUCUGUAUCGGAAUUUAGUUGGGACAACAAGUUUGCUGGGGUUCAGAUUUUAUUGGCUGAGGAAUACUUAGCCGGUAUGCAGAUGCUUAGUGAUUAUAAAAGCAAAGCAGAUUCUUUUGUAUGCUCCAUAAUGCCUGGAAGUGGUACUACUCAGAUUCAAACAACUCCGGGUGGGCUUCUAUUUAUCAGGGAUGCAGCAAAUUUGCAAUAUGUAACCAGUGCACUUAUGAUUAUUUCAAUCUAUGGUAAAGCUCUAGAUAAGGCUCGUAUUUCUGGUGUCCAAUGUGGCUCCGCAAAUAUAGCCCCUUCCAAAAUCAAAGCCUUCACAAAAUCACAGGUGGAUUAUAUUCUAGGAGAUAACCCUAUGAAAAUGUCCUACAUGGUGGGUUUUGGCAGCAAGUUCCCACAACAAGUGCACCAUAGAGGGGCUUCUAUCCCAUCCAUCGCAGCCCACCCUACUAAGGUAGGGUGCAACCAAGGCUACUCAAGUUGGUUCAAUAGCAAUAACCCAAAUCCAAAUGUCCAUGUGGGGGCCAUCGUGGGAGGUCCCGACUCGAAUGAUCAGUUCAAGGAUGUGAGAUCUGAUCAUACACAUUCAGAACCCACUACUUAUAUGAAUGCUGCUUUUGUGGGUUCACUGGCUCCUUUGUUGGGUGGUAACAAUAAUAAUAAUAAUAAUGCUGAAGAAUGUUUGGACUUUAACAAGUUGUUUCAUAAGGGUAAUGAGACCGUUGAAUUGGACUACAUUAUGUAAUUAUAAUCUUGAAUAUUUGCAGUCUAUAUUAUAUUGUAUUAUUACUAUGAAAUUUAUGAACUUGACUAGACCUUACUAUACAUCAACGAAGUCAUGCCUAUGAUAUUUAGUGAUUGUGACAAACAAAAUAUGUUAAUUGUAAGUCUUUAUGAAUAUGAAGUCUACUUUAAUAAUGUAAUUUUCUUUUAUUUUUUAGGGUGUGAGUGUGGUUGCAUCUCUAGGGUAUUGAAAAUUAGGUCCUUUGUAGAAGGAGCCCCUAACUAGCUAGAGAUCAUAUUGUAUCUAUAACAAAAUUGAUGUUUUUCCGUUUGAUUCAAUGUAAUUUUCUUUGUUUGAUGAAAUGAAUUAAGUUAUGAAUUAUUUGUCAUUAUAAUAACCAUAAUGAUGUGGUUGUUAAAAUAUUCAUAUA